CUGCCCGACUUCCUCUUGCGUAAGGACAAGGAAAGCAAAGAUGCCUCUGUUUGGAAAGAAGUCUAGCAAGAUCCCGCCAGUCGAGGAGGCUGAGCCCAAGCAGCCAGCCUUCUAUGGAGGCAUCAACCAGCCCGGCAUGCGCAAUGGCCCUCCUGGCAGCCGACCUGGAAUGGGUGCUGGGUACGGGGCAGGCUACGGAGCAGGCUAUGGAGGGGGACCAGGGGGACCAGGAGGACCGCCGGGAAAUCAAGGAUACGGAGGACCUCCGACCGAUGCCGGUCGCUACGGGGGUGGCCAGGGAGGCUACGACCAAGGUGGCUACGGCUAUGGACAGCCACAGCCGCGAUUUGCGGACGCCAAGGCACCUUCUGCGAACCUUGGAAGAGGGUACGAUGAGAUGGUAGGCAACGGGAGCCGACAGAGGAAUCUCCAACGUAACGUUGAGGAGGACGACCUCGAAGCAGAGUAUGGACGAGGUUCGGGAGGUGCAGGACGGGGCGGCGGAAGUCAUGCUGCGGGAUCCAAUGCUUACGACGGAGUCGAGCAACAGGCUCAAGUGCAGGACGAGGAAGAGGAUGAGGUAGAGGCUGUCAAGCAACAGAUGAGAUUCACAAAGCAGGAGAGCUUGGCGAGCACGAGGAAUGCACUCAGAAUUGCCAGAGAGACCGAAGAGACGGCGUCCAGCACCCUCCUCAAGCUAGGAGAGCAGAGCGACAAAUUGGCCAACACGGAGCGUCACUUGGACAUGGCAAAGGCUCAUGCGUCGAGGGCUGACGACAACACAAAGGAAAUCAAUGCUCUCAAUCGCUCCAUCUUCCGACCGAACUUCCAAAUGAACAAGAAGGCCAAGCGAGAUGCAGAGGAGGCGCGCAUCCUCAACCGCCACGUCGAGGAGCGAGAGGAACGUGAGGCAACGCGAAACGAGGCCCUGCGUGCACAGAAUCGCCUCGAUCAGGAGCUUGGUGGACCAGGAUCUGGCCGCUUUGGUGGUGGUCGAUUUGGCAUGGACCGCUUUGGGGCGGGCAAGAAGGCCGAGGACCCACAGAAGGCCAAGAUGGCCCAACGCAGUCGAUACCAAUUCGAAGCCACAGAGAGUGACGACGAACUGGAAGACGAGCUGGACGGUAACCUGGAUGAGAUCGGCCAGCUGAGCGCACGGCUCAACGGCCUGGGAAAGGCCAUGGGAACGGAAAUCACCGAGCAGAACCAGAGGAUCCAGCGGCUGGGCGACAAGACGACCAACCUGGACACGCGCAUCUAUGCUGGUACUCAAAAGCUGGAUCGCAUCGGCAAGUGGAAGUGAUUGGUUUCCAAGCCGUUUCGCAUUCACCCCGCCAGCCGUUCUUCUCGCUGUUAUUAUUCAUACCUAUCGCUCCUUGACCGCAUCUGGAGCCAAAGGACGUCAUUAAUUUCUUUUUUUUUUCAUGAAUCAAUCUAUUUUUAAAGCGCCGUCA